CUGUGUCGAAUCUGCACGCGGUGAAUCUACAGUAAAGCGGCUCGUUCACAUGUGACUGUGUGACACGUCAUUCGAGCACGGAGGUGUUAACACGGCUCUGCCUUCUGAGAGAAAGAGCUAAUAAAGGAAUUCAUCUGAAAUGGGAGGCUUCUUUUCCAGCCUCUUCUCUGGCCUGUUUGGCACCAGAGAGAUGAGAAUCCUCAUAUUGGGCCUGGAUGGAGCUGGAAAAACAACUAUACUGUACAGGCUGCAAGUGGGAGAAGUGGUCACCACAAUUCCUACCAUUGGUUUUAAUGUGGAGACGGUGACAUACAAGAACUUGAAGUUCCAAGUGUGGGAUCUGGGUGGACAGACAAGUAUCAGGCCAUACUGGCGGUGCUACUAUUCCAACACAGAUGCAGUGAUAUACGUCGUGGACAGCAGUGAUCGUGACAGGAUGGGCAUCUCCAAGUCUGAGCUCGUGGCCAUGUUGGAGGAAGAGGAGCUAAAGAAAGCCAUCCUGGUGGUGUUUGCCAACAAGCAGGACAUGGAACAGGCUAUGACCCCUACUGAGGUGGCGAACUCUCUCGGCUUACCUGCACUCAAAGACAGGAAGUGGCAGAUUUUCAAGACAUCUGCAACCAAAGGCACUGGCCUGGAUGAAGCAAUGGAAUGGCUUGUGGAGUCACUAAAGAGCAGGCAGUAAAUGCACACUCGCAAAAUACCUUGUAAAUACCCCUGACGUGUGAACUUCAGAGACUUCUUAUUGGCUGUCCUUUGGACCAAUGCCUGCAUUCUUCCUAUUGUGUGAAGGCCACGCCCCCUGCCUUUCCAGAACAGAGAUAUUGCAGUGUCCUCAAAGCUGGGUGAAUGAUCAAGCAAAUGGACUACACAUCAACUCUCUUAAUUGUUUGUUUUUUUUUUUUUGCUUAUUGUCAGUACUGCCGCUUUGUAGACUUUUGCGGUAUCCGCUAAAUUUAUAAUUCAUUAUGGUGUUUGCUUUUUAAAUUGAGCCUUUUUCCUGAAUCAAAAUAAUCAGUGCAGCUGGUAUAUUGAGUUGAGUUUGAUAUACAUACUGGGUAGAUAUUUAAGACUGUCAUUUGUAUGAAUUGGAUUUGUAAUGGCACAUUUAUAUUUGCACGUGUACAGGGGAGAGCACUCCUGUGCUAUGGCUAUCAAAUAAAUACGUGGAGUCAC